UUGAGUCCGACCUGGCAACCGAGAAGGAGCCUGAUUGAGGAAAAUAUUGGCCACAGCAGCAGACUACUUGGCAUUAUAGACGGCUGGCGGUGGAUCUGCAGUAACCUGCUUCCAGAAGCUACGGUUCACUUUGCUGCCAACAUCAACUUGGAGGAGAGGAAGGUUUCGGUUCUGUUUAGAAAUACAUCCGGUGUGGUGUUUGACACUCGCUCAAAAAUGGUCAUGUCCCAGGGAGGCACGGCGGAGAGGAUGAAGGAAAAGAUCAGCGCCGUCAGGGCAGUGGUUCCCAACAAAAGCAACAAUGAGAUCGUGCUGGUGCUGCAGCAUUUUGAGAACAGCGUGGACAAAGCAGUGCAGGCUUUCUUGGAAGGAAGUGCGGUCGAGAUCCUGAAGGAGUGGAACGUCACGGGCAAAAAGAAGCCCAAGAAGAAAAAGAAGCCUAAGCCUCAGCCAGAGGCCUCGGCAGAGCCUGCCCCGCCAGAGGCCACAAUGCCCGAGGAAGACAAGGACGAGAUGAAUGGCUUCCACGCCAACGGUUCCACGAUGGACGGGGAGUCGCUGGACUCUCUGAGUGAGCAGCUGGACUCUGCUUCUUUGGAUGCAGCUGAGCUAGACUCUGAACCCGCUACGUCCGAAACCACAGGUGCAGAGGCAGAGAGUCAGGGAAGCGCACCAAGUCCCGCCUCCCAGAAGGGAGGGCGGAAUCACCAGGGUCCAAGAGGAAACAAGUCCAGACACAGGCCGGGCUCUAAUUCACAUCCCCAUAUCUCCUCAUUAGCAUCCACCACCAACGAGCAGGGGUCAUCAGGGGCAAAGAAGAUGGCUCCCAACAUCGACCGCUCUGUGAAGGACCUGCAGAGGUGCACCGCCUCCCUGACCCGCUACAGGAUGGUGGUGAAGGAAGAAAUGGACUCCUCCAUCAAGAGGAUGAAGCAGACGUUUGCCGAGCUCCAGAGCUGGUUGGCCGAGGCUUCGGCUGAGCAGCUGAUGUGCCAGAGGGUUACAAAGAGUCAACACCUGAGGAGCGUUGAACAAAGCCUUACUGUGAACUACACAAAGCCUGUGCAAGCCCUCAGAAACGGCAAAUGUGCUGUGCAUGCAUCCACAAUACCGCUGCCGCGGCCUUCUCUAUCAAAGUCUCAGCAGCAGAUGUGA